AACCAAAAAGCUGAACAAAAAAACAAACUCCCCACCUCCCAACAAAAACAAACAAGCUCCAAAAAAAUAAAACAUUAGGGUUUCCACUUUCCCAUUUUUUUCUUUUAUCAUUUUUUCCCUCCUGAUUUUCCUUCCCUCCAAACACCAUUGCAAUUGUUGCCAUUUCCCCUCUUGGAAUUUUUUUUUCCGCUCUGCUUGGUGAGAGGCGACUGAUUUUCUUUCAAAGAAGAAGUUUAAUGAAAUUAAAAAUAAAAGGAGCUUGAUUUUUCGUCUCUGGAUCUUUCCUGGGAAAAUUUGCCUCCUUUUCCAGCUUUCUCUCUCAGCUUCCACGGAGGAAUUUAUAUAGCUGGUGGGUGGAGUCAAAGAAGGAAGGAGGGAAAAUUUCAUUGGAGGUUCUAAAGUUCUAGGGAGAGAGAGAGAGAAGUUUAAUCUUUUUUCUUUCUUUUUCUGUAGAUUUUUUUUAAAAUUUCAAUUGUUAGUAAAUAAUUAGAUUGCUUGAGUUUGAAUGCAUAUAUUGAUAUAUGGAGUCAGAAGUAUUUUUACCUCCAAGAGAUUUGGCACAAUGUUGUGAUUGCGGUUGUACUGCCUGUUCUUUGAUUGGUGAUCGUUCGAGUACUUGGUUUCGGUCUGUCAAACGAAAAUAUGAUGAGCUUGAGACUGGAAAUGGGUUUUAUGGUCCGGGGUUUGAUGUUUAUUCCAAUGCCAGAGUACAGAUUGAGAAUGAAUGUGCUGCUUUGCGAGAGACAGUUAGCAGCCAACAAGCAUCAAUACAGGAUUUGUAUACAGAAUUGGAGGAAGAGAGAAAUGCCUCAUCCACGGCUGCUACUGAGGCCAUGUCAAUGAUAUUGAAGUUGCAGAGAGAGAAGGCAGAGAUCCAAAUGGAGGCAAGGCAAUUCAAGCGUUUUGCUGAGGAGAAAAUGGCACAUGACCAGCAGGAGAUAAUGGUUUUGGAGGAUCUGUUGUAUAAGAGAGAGCAGGCUAUUCAAGCUCUUACUUGUGAAGUGCAGGCUUACAAGCAUAGGAUGAUGAGUUAUGGGCUUACAGAGGCAGAGGCUGAAGGUGAGAAGGAUGGACACAUUCGGAAUGUGUCUGAGAACUUUGGUGCCCAAGUUGAUCUUCCUGCGUUGGAUUAUCCACCUCUAAAAUGCAGUUUGAAUGAGAAUCCUGGUGAUGAUGUUGAACAUGUUGAGAAAUAUGCAUUCGGUGAGACCCCUCAUGCCCAUGAGCACUUGAGGAAUCUGGAACAGAGGAUCUUCCAAAUGGAGAGGAAUCCCAGCAGCAGUCAGCUGAGUCAGCUGGAUGGAGAUUUUCCUGGAACAAAGAAUGUUUUGGAGAAGGUAAUAGUUGGUCACUCUCCUAGGCGACCAAGACAUUCAAUGGGGCUUUCAACUGAUAGUUCAAAUUCAUUCCUUGCUAAAGAGAUCGGUUCAGAGUUUACUGGUGAUUCUCCCAGGUUUAAUACUAAUUCUCCAAGGUUUAAUACUAGCUUCAAGAAGAUGGAAUUCGUUUCAGAACUGGAUGAGAUUUCCAGUUCAAGGAGAAUGGGUAAUGCUUCAGAAGUUGGAGAUGAUAUGAGUGACAGAGUUUAUACUAUUGACUCUGUCCAUAAUGGGGUGCCAUAUAAUGGAACCUCUGAGUCCAAACCUGCAGUUGAAACUUUUGAUGAUUAUGCAUCCUCACCAAGAGAGACAUUUAAUCUGCCUGAUGUUUGUGAUCCUGAUAUCAAGAAGCUCUACAUGAGGCUUCAGGCCCUUGAGGCUGAUAGGGAAUCAAUGAGACAAGCAAUAAUAUCAAUGCGAACUGAGAAAGCACAGUUAGUAUUAUUGAAAGAAAUAGCUCAACAUUUGUGCAAGGAAAUGUCACCAGAAAGACAAGUGAUUGUGAGGAAGCGAUCUAUUCUUGGAAACCUUCCGUUCAUGUCAGUCUUCAAGUGGUUUGUAUCCUUUUUUUUCUGGAGGUGGAAAGCUCGUCGACGCAAGUACCUGUAUGGAUUGUCACCAAACAAUGUUGGGUUGCUAAUGCUUUUAGACAAGGGCCCCCAACUGAGGCAGUGGAGAUGCCUUUUAAGUACACAAGUGUGAAAAUGAUUCUUUUACUUCCAUGUCCAGAUGAAGCCCUAUAAUCUUUAUUGUGAAUGCUGUAUGGGUUUGAUUGAGCUAUCAUGUGUAGACUUUGCAUCCAAUUUUUAUGGAUUCAUUGGUGCAGAAUUUGGUAUAUUGUGCAGUGUACUUUUAUUUUACUUUUUUUUGGGAGAUUGAAUACAUUUUGCUGCUUGAUCAGCAAAGCAUGGAUGCUGUGAGCAUACUCGUUCACAUAGUUUGUUGGAUUUCAGCUUGAGGUAUUUGUCUUUUGGCGAUCUCCUGUAUAUUUCUGAUUCUUAUAUGAUUCUUAUUCAAGUAUGCAGUGUUUAUACUUUUCCAAUUCAAGCAAAGGUUAGUUUGCAAAAUUAUUGAUGCUAUUCUCAUCAAGAUUCUUGUUUUAGUUGCUUGCUUUUUCCUUUGGCUAUAC